UUAUUGGCCCUUCUUUUCCCAUGCGUCCCCUUUAUGUCAGCCCCAAAAUUUAAUUCAGUUUAAUUUCCUAAAAAAAGCUCAUAAUUUCUUCUUAUCUUUGUUUUGAAGGGGGGAAAAAACCCUAGUCCGAAUUGAUCUAUUUACUUUAUACAAAAUCCAGAAUUCCUCCCAUAAGACAUGGAUUCAUUAGAGGACGAUUGUUGUUGGGAUUUUCUUGAUUAUAACUUCAUCGAGGAAACCACGACUUCUUCUGAUUUCUUAUGGCCUAAUAAUCACAGUGGUGGCGUGGAUAUUGAUUUUUCAUCUGGUGGUGCUGUGGCGCAAGAAAAACAGUGCACAAGAAAGAGGGGACACAGUGAUUCUUGCAGCAAGCCAAGGACCAAAGCUUGCCGUGAGAAGUUGCGGAGGGAGAGAUUAAAUGACAGGUUUCAGGAUUUGAGCUCUGUUUUGGAGCCUGGGAGACCUGCCAGAACUGACAAACCGGCCAUUCUUGACGAUGCUGUUAGAGUUCUAAAUCAAUUGAAAACUGAAGCUCAGGAGCUCAAAGAAACAAAUGAAAAGCUACGGGAAGAAAUAAAAACUUUGAAGGCUGAGAAGAAUGAACUUCGUGAAGAGAAACUCACACUGAAGGCAGAUAAAGAAAGGAUGGAGCAACAAUUAAAGGUUAUGGCUGUUCCACCUUCUGGAUUCAUGCCAGCCCAUCCUGCAGCUUAUCAUGCUGGAGUGAACAAGAUGGCAGUUUUUCCAAGCUAUGGUCUGAUACCAAUGUGGCAAUUACCUCCAGCUUCCCGUGAUACAUCACGUGACCAUGAGUACUGGCCCCCUGCUGCAUAAUUUUUUUUCUUUUGUUCUCUCUCUGACUCUGUUCCUGUCCAAUUAAUUUUCUGUCUACAAUUAGAUGCUUUCUUCUAGAGUUGUCCAACAAUUUUUGUCAGUUCAAUUGUAAAUAUAACUGCUUUUUUACCAACUGGUUUAGACAUUUGACAAUUGGCUAAUGCGUUGUCGGAGAUUAACAAGAAAUGUAGUUAGAUGGCAAUUAUUUUCUUAAA